ACUGCUUCAAUAACUUGAAUCUGAUUUCUUUUUUUUUCAGAUUGUCCAACGCUAUGACAUCAUUCUGAUCCAGGAAGUCCGCGACAAAGAUGGGACGGUGACACAAAGCCUCAUGGAUCUUGUUAACCAGGGUUCUCAUCAGUUCAGCUACAUCGUCAGUGAGCCCCUGCCCCUGGGUUCCAGCAUCCUACAAUUAUUGAUUCAUAAGGAGAGAUACCUCUUCCUCUACAGGGAUCAGAAGGUGUCCGUGAAAGGCAGCUUCCAAUACACUGGCACUGGCUUCAACAGACCGCCCUUCGUCGUCCAGUUUUCCUCCACAGAGACCGCUGUGAAGGAAUUUGUUCUGAUCCCCAUUCACACCAAAUCGGGGUCCGCUGUAAAAGAAAUUGAUGCCCUUGUUGACGUGGUGAAGAAGGCCAAACUCAAGUGGACGAACAAUAACAUCAUGGUGCUCGGAGACUUCAACGCAGACGGCAAGCAUGUCAAAGCAGGAGACUUGAACAAAAUCCGCCUCUUAGACAACAACAAGUACUUCCACUGGCUGAUCGCCAACGGCGUCGAUACUACACUGGAAGAAAAGUCUUCCAACACUUACGACAGGAUUGUCGUCACCACUGAAAUGGAGAAGGGAGUGGUGGCAGGCAGCGCUAAGGUCUUUAACUUCAGGGAGGAAUAUGAUCUGAGGGAUAAGGCAAAGAAGGUCAGUGACCAUUUCCCUGUGGAGGUGAGGCUGAAGCUGCAGGUGGAGCCAGAGGCGGAGGCGCCAGAGGCGGAGGCGCCGGACACGGUGGACACGGCGGACACGGCGGACACGGAACCGGAGUCAUAAAAAACCGGACAAAAACGGAUUCAGAUGAGCCGCCAGAAACCCCCCCAAAAAAAGCAAACCUUGAGUCUGAAUCCGAAUUAGGAUUAUUCAGUUGGAGUAUUUCUGGAACCCAUGCAGCAUUGAAUAAGAAUAAAAAAAAUAACUACCAAAUGA